AUGGCGUCCAAAAGAAUCAUCGUCGCAGGCGGAAGCGGGUUUCUCGGCUCAAGGAUAUGUAAACAUGCUAGUGUGCGAGGCUGGGCUGUGACGUCCCUUAGUCGCUCUGGAGAACCACAAUGGGAUGCCGUGACAGCUUCAAAAGAACGACCGGGCUGGGCAAGCUCAGUCGAGUGGGCAAAGGCCGAUAUCUUGAAGCCUUCGACGUACAAGCCAUUUCUCAAAGACGCAACGGCGGUUAUACACACCAUGGGAAUUCUUCUGGAGGCCGACUACAAAAGAGUUGUACAAGGGAGGGAGUCGCUUGUUAGUGGCUUACAAAGAGCGUUUAGCUCGUCAAAACUUGGAACUCAGGAUCCCCUAAAACGAGGGACAGAGGAGGAUCUACGGCCUCAAGAAGAAGACGGUCAAUUGACGUACGAGGUCAUGAAUAGAGAUACGGCUAUCGCACUGGCACAGGAAAGUUCCAAUGAACACGUUCCAGCCUUUGUCUAUAUUUCAGCUGCUGCAGGAGCGCCAAUGCUCCCCAGCAGAUACAUCACAACAAAAAGAGAAGCCGAGACGACCAUAUCAUCGGCAUUUCCCAACAUUCGAAGUGUCUUCAUUCGGCCGGGUUUCCUAUACGAUUCCAGUAGAAAGUUCACAUUGCCCAUUGCUCUGGGCGGGAUGAUCGGCUCAGAGGUUAACUCGCUCCUCGGCGGACGCCUUCAAUCCUUGGCCGGUUCCAUGACAGAGAAGCCGCUCAAGGCUGAUGUCGUGGCACAGGCAGUGGUGGAAGCCAUUGAGGAUGAAUCCAUAAGCGGGGUGGUUGGAACAAAGAAGAUCGAGAACUUGGCGACCAAAGCAUGGCGAAAAGCUAUGCUUUGA